GUCUAGGUCUGGGGGUCUUAAAGAGGUCAUAUGCACUAUUUGAUGUUUAAAGGCUGUAGCCUAUAUACAUGGGACGUAACAUUAAAGAUUUUACGUCACACUAAGCACACAGCUUCUAGAAAGCAGAAUCAGCGUCAUGCAGCUCACUGAGCGAUAUGAGGACACAGCUCAGCCAUAACACGGAUAUUCCAGAAUCAAACAUGGCCGAUACGGGAAGUUGACGUAAACGUCGGCCCACGUGACUCCUUUUCGGUCACGUUUUUUUUUUUUUUUUUACUGCUCUACCAAUAGGAACGAAACGUCGACCCACGUGACUCCUUCUUGGUCACAUGUUUUUUUUACUGCUCUACCAAUAGUAACUAGGCGCUUCCUAAUGACGUCACUCUCGCGGCGCGUUUACGCUUGGUUGGUAAGGAAGUGAAUAGCUCGUGAUAGAGAGCGACAAAGACGCGUUUAUACUACAAAUGAGAGUUGUGGAAUUACGGGGGCCGCGAAGUGCUCAUCGCCAUCUUAUAAGGGAAAGGCCGGGGCUUUUUGACAUCGGGUUUUGAAGAUGAAUAUCCUGCCUAAGAAGAGCUGGCAUGUGCGCAAUAAGGACAACGUUGCGCGGGUGCGGAAAGAUGAGGCUCAGGCCGCGGAAGAAGAGCGCCAGCGCAGGAAGAGGGCGGAGCUAGCAGAGCAAGAGGCUCGUACUGAUUUUCUGCGGAAAAAGGCUCGCCUGUCUUUACCAGAGGCAUCCGAUCGUUCCGCAGUGGAAGUAUACCAAGCGUCUGGCCACAUCAAUUUCUUUGAAGAUGUGGAGGAGGGCAAAGGGACCAACCGUGGAAAUAAGGAAUAUGAAGAGGAGAAACGCAAAGAGAAGGAACGUCAAGAAAAAGCUUUGGGGAUUCUGACGUAUCUGGGACAAAGUUCAGCAGAAGCCCAGACUUGUCGCCCCUGGUACCAAGAGGUUCCUGCCCGCCACCAGAAGGAAAAAGACAAAACGGAGAAAGAUAAACCGGGAAAGGAUGAAAAGCUGAAACGGAUUCUAGAUCCUCUGAAUGAAAUGGAGAAAUAUCUUCAUAAGAAAACGGGGGAGAAAAAGAAGCACUCUGCUAAAAAGGAGCACAAGAAAGUAAAGGAGAAAGGAAACGAUAAGAAAGGUGCACCAAAGCCAUCAAUUGAACAGCUGAGACAAGAGAGGCUGAAGAGAGAAGCUGCAGAGAGCGCGCGUGCUGAAGCUCUGCUGUCAGGUAAAAAGGAUCAGCCUACUGCAGAACAGGAGAUGGAUGACAGAAAGAGGCGCUACAACACUCAGUUUAACCCUCAGUUGGCACGAAAACCUAAAGUACGAGAAGAACAGUGGCAAUAAACAGACAAAUGGCAGACAGUCCGAAGACAGCGGCUUCUGCUGAAUCAGUUGCUAAAUCGUCCUCUGGCAGAUAACAAACUCAGUAUGAACAGAACUGAUUGAUGUAUUCGCGGUUGGUUACUAUGUAAAAAGUCUUAAUAAUUGGAUGAGAUCACAUGGAUGAGGUUUUCCCGUGCCAUAUUGGCAUUUUUAUUAAACGUUAUGUAAAUGAGA